UGGAACAGAAGUGAUAGAGGACAGAGCAGAACAAGCCGAGAAACAAAGAGACAUGGAAGAACGCAGACUUCCCAUUAGUGUUCGCCUUUUAGGAGUGAUGCACAAGGAGAAGAGCAAACUCUACAUGACCUCGGUUCUUUGGUCAGAUCAGAACGAGAUCGUGGUCUACAGAACACUUGAGGAAUUCAGAUCACUGCAUAAUCAACUGAAGAAGAAAUGUGCAGCUUCAAAUGUAGGUCCGUUCCAAAGAUCAGUUAGUAUUGUUCCCAAGUUUAAAGCUGAGAAAGUAAAGCGAGGUCUUCAGAAGAGCUACAGUAAGUCUCUGCUGAGGCUGAAGCCGCUGGAAGAGUACUGCAUGGCACUGCUGAGUGCUCAUCCUUCUGUCUCUCAAAGCUCAGAGCUCAGCCAGUUUCUGCUUCCCAGACCAGAUGAUCUGAAUCCAGAAUUUUCCCAGAACAGCAUUAUAAUCAUGCCAUCAGAAGAAUCUCUGGGCAGAAGCAGUCAGCUGAAAUCAGAUGCCAGUGUAACCCAACCAUUCGUGACCCAGAUGUACCGAUGCAUCGCUCCCUAUGAAACGAAGGACACAAAGAACCGUCCCUUUAAGGUUGAAUUAGGGGAAGCUAUUGAUGUGCUAAUAAAGGACAAAUCAGGCUGGUGGUUGGUUGAGAAUGAGGCCAAAUGCCUCGCCUGGUUUCCUGCUCCAUACCUGGAGAGUGCUGAAGCAGAUGAUGAUGAAAAUAUUGGAGAAUGUGGUCUAUAUGUUGCCUUCAAAAGUUACAAAUCCACAAAAAUAGAUGAACUGUCUGUGGAGAUUGGAUCCGUGGUUGAGGUUAUGAAUAAAUCGAAUGACGGAUGGUGGCUAGUUAGGUACAACUGCAGAACUGGUUACAUUCCUUCAAUGUACCUACAACCAUACAUUAAUCCACGAGUGCAUAUAAUAAACUCCCAGAUUGGAAAUCAAAGUUCAAACCUAAACAUGGCUCAGUUUCAGGUGCCAGCUCGGUCUGCUCUGAUGAUCCCAGGACAUAAGCUCUGUCGCUCACAUUACAACCUUCUGCAGCUUCCAGGAAACAACCUGAAUCUCAGCGAUAAGGCCAAAUCACAUUUGGUGAAUAUUCUCACAGUUGGUCCCCACAUGCCAAUCACAGUUGAAGUGGAGCAUGAGGAGGACAGCAGGGCAAGGUCCUUGAGUCAAAGCAGUGAAGAAAGCUUAAGUGACUCUGACAGCUUCUCAAGCAGUGGGUCCUUUUGCAGUGGGUCCUUUUGCAUGAGCAACCCAAAGGCCAUCCAGGAUGACCACCUGGAUCCCUCCAGUGCCCUGGACAUGGUGUGUUUCCUCAGUGUGUUCAUCUGCAGUGGAACAGAAGUGAUAGAGGACAGAGCAGAACAAGCCGAGAAACAAAGAGACAUGGAAGAACGCAGACUUCCCAUUAGUGUUCGCCUUUUAGGAGUGAUGCACAAGGAGAAGAGCAAACUCUACAUGACCUCGGUUCUUUGGUCAGAUCAGAACGAGAUCGUGGUCUACAGAACACUUGAGGAAUUCAGAUCACUGCAUAAUCAACUCAAGAAGAAAUGUGCAGCUUCAAAAGUAGGUCCGUUCCAAAGAUCAGUUAGGAUUGUUCCCAAGUUUAAAGCUGAGAAAGUAAAGCGAGGUCUUCAGAAGAGCUACAGUAAGUCUCUACUGAGGCUGAAGCCGCUGGAAGAGUACUGCAUGGCACUGCUGAGUGCUCAUCCUUCUGUCUCUCAAAGCUCAGAGCUCAGCCAGUUUCUGCUUCCCAGACCAGAUGAUCUGAAUCCAGAAUUUUCCCAGAACAGCAUUAUAAUCAUGCCGUCAGAAGAAUCUCUGGGCAGAAGCAGUCAACUGAAAUCAGAUGCCAGUGUAACCCAACCAUUCGUGACCCAGAUGUACCGAUGCAUCGCUCCCUAUGAAACUAAGGACACAAAGAACCAUCCCUUUAAUGUUGAAUUAGGGGAAGCUAUUGAUGUGCUAAUAAAGGACAAAUCAGGCUGGUGGUUGGUUGAGAAUGAGGCUAAAUGCCUCGCCUGGUUUCCUGCUCCAUACCUGGAGAGUGCUGAAGCAGAUGAUGAAGAAGAUGAAGUUGGAGGAAGUGCUCUAUAUGUUGCCUCUAAAAGUUACAAAUCCACAAAAAUAGAUGAACUGUCUGUGGAGAUUGGAUCUGUGGUUGAGGUUGUGAAAAAAUCGAAUGACGGAUGGUGGCUAGUUAGGUACAACUGCAGAACUGGUUACAUUCCUUCAAUGUAUCUACAACCAUACAUUAAUCCACCAGUGCAUAUAAUUAGCUCCCAGAUUGGAAAUCAAAGUUCAAACCUAAAAAUGGCUCAGUUUCAGGUCCCUGCUGGGUCUGCUCUGAUGAGCCCAGGACAUGAAUGCUGUCGCUCACAGUACAACCUUCUGCAGCUUCCAGGAGACAACCUGAAUCUCAGCGAUAAGGCCAAAUCACAUUUGGUGAAAUUUCUCACAGUUGAAGUGGAGCAUGAGGAGGACAGCAGGGCAAGGUCCUUGAGCCACAGCAGUGAAGAAAGCUUUAGUGACUCUGACAGCUUCUCAAGCAGUGGGUCCUUUUGCAGUGGGUCCUUUUGCAUGAGCAGCCCAGAGGCCAUCCAGGAUGACCACCUGGAUCCCUCCAGUGGUAAGCUCUUGCCCAGCACAUUUAAUCCCAAUGUAUGCAAGUCAGACAGGACACCCAAAAUUCCCCCAAGACCUCAUGCGCAGGAGAUCCUUGAGCGCUGCACCACUGUGACACGUAAAAACAUCUCCCAGAGCCAGAUGUUGCCUCCAGCUGAGGACAUCCACAACCGCUGAAAGGAAAUUAAAUGUUUGAAAACAAAUGAAAUGUUGCUCGUUUUAUUAUUCCAGAAAUAUGUGGGUCACCGGACCAAUGCAAGCAUGGAAGCCUGAUUCUGUGUUAGAACUGUGUAAGAAGGAUUCAGUGUCAAGAAGAAGUCAGCACGCAGUAAAAGAGAAUACUGUCAUAAAAUAUUCUUUUUUUCUUUGUAUUGAACAUAUCCAAUACAGUGGCUUUCUUCUGCUUCGUCUAAAGGUCUAUGCAGGAGUCUUUAAAAAGAAAAGUACAAUCUGCUUAAUGAUGCAUGGCAAGUAUUUUAUUUUUUGUAAGUCAUUUGUACUAGAAUCAGUGAUAAGACAGUAUACAAGGUUAAGGGUCCUUUGGUUGUCCAGCUUAAACCUGUGGGUUUUUAACUUUCAGUCAAACCAAACUUUAGUGAUCUGGUAUUUGUGAAUCAGUUUUAAUUAUUUAAUGCAAUUUGACUAAAGUUGAGAACUCCUUUGGAGGUUCUAUGUAGUUCCUAUCAAAAAGAUCACACAGUGAAUAAGCUGUAAAUGAUGUAUAGGAUAUGAUUUAUUUUUUACUCUGUGGUUUGUAAUAAAUUGUUCCAAAAAUGUUUUAGAUACUUUUUGCUUUGUUCAGCCAUACUGAAAAUCUCUUCCAUACUGGAAACCCAAUGUAGUGCAUCAGAUAUGCAACACUCAUUGUACUCCCUAUAGUGAGAUAUCACAUGAUUGAUCAUGUAUCAUGUAUCAUUGCCUUUGUAUUUGAAUGAGAAGAACUUUUUAAAAAUAUUUAUUUUACAAUUACAGUAUACAGUAUGUAAUGCUUCUCUGAA